GCUCUGGUCCUCAGCCCCCUCCUCUCGCCCUGGCCACACCUUCGAGGAGGAGCCGGGCGGGAGCGAGCGCAGGACCAGAGGCGGCUGCACUCCUAUCAGCGCCGGCUUCUUCCCUCUGGUCCCUGCCGCCUGCGGAGGCAAGGGGCCGCUCCGGAGCUGGGCAGCUGCAGGGCGCUCCCGAGCCUGGCUGCAGCCCUGAGCCUGGCGGGGGGCCCUCCGCCGGCGGUGCUCGCCUCUCGCCGGCCUGGGCGGCUGCUGCCGCAGCCCGGUCGGGGCUGGCUCCUGCGGCGGGGUUCCACCAUGUGCUCCUUUGAGAUUAGCAUGCACCGAUCACAGCUCAGCCCCAGGAGGCUGGUAUAGUGCUGGGCUGCUGACGCGCAGAGCGCCUGCUGUGGGAUAUCGCUCCAACUGGGCCAUCCUGGGCCUGCGCUCCUUCUCUCCCAGCAGAGCCAAUGGACGCCCACGUGGAUCUCCUAACAGAACUCGAGCUGCUGGAUAAGGUGCCCACGUUGGAGCGGCUGCGGACAGCCCAGAAGCGCAGGGCUCAGCAGCUGAAGAAGUGGGCGCAGUACGAGAAGGAGAUGCAGCACAAGAAGCGGAAGCAUGAGAAGCGGAGGAGCGCCGUCAGCCGCAAGAAGGUGUCUUUUGAGGCCAGCGUGGCUUUGCUGGAGGCGUCGCUGAGGAAUGAUGUGGAAGAAGUGUGUUACUUGCUGAAGAACAAUAUCAGCCCGGACCUGUGCAAUGAAGAUGGACUCACUGCCCUGCAUCAGUGCUGCAUAGACAACUUCGAAGAGAUAGUCAAGCUUCUCCUCAACCACGGGGCUAAUGUCAACGCAAAGGACAAUGAGCUGUGGACUCCGCUGCAUGCAGCAGCUACCUGUGGUCACAUCAACCUGGUGAAGAUCCUAAUUCAGCAUGGGGCAGACUUGCUGGCAGUAAAUGCAGAUGGAAAUAUGCCAUAUGAUCUCUGUGAAGAUGAGCAGACCCUCGAUGUCAUUGAGACCUGCAUGGCAUACCAGGGCAUCACACAGGAAAAAAUCAAUGAGAUGCGGGCUGCCCCGGAGCAGGCCAUGAUCUCUGACAUCCGAGGUCUGAUUGCAGCAGGACAAGACCUGAACAGGACAGAUAUUCAAGGUGCUACAUUGCUGCACAUAGCUGGGGCUAAUGGCUACCUGCAUGCAGCUGAGAUGCUUCUCGACCAUGGAGCACAGCUAGACGUCCAGGACUGGGAUGGAUGGGAACCUCUCCAUGCUGCUGCCUUCUGGGGACAGAUGCAGAUGGCAGAGUUGCUGGUGUCCCAUGGGGCCAGCCUGAGUGCCAGGACGGCCUUUGAUGAGAUGCCAAUAGACUUGUGUGAAGAAGAGGAGUUCAAAGUGUUACUGUUGGAGCUGAAACAUAAGCAUGAUGUGAUCAUGAAAUCUCAGAUGAGGCAUAAGUCCUCCCUCAGCAGGAGAACCUCCAGCACGGGAAGCCGAGGGAAGGUGGUGAGGAGGGCAAGUCUUUCGGACCGAACCAACCUUUACAGGAAGGAGUAUGAAAAGGAGGCCAUUGUCUGGCAGCAAAUGGGAACAACGGAAGAACAGAGAAACGCAGGCUAUGCUGGAGAAAUCAUGGAGGCUCGAUCUGACCAAGAGAACACAGAUCCAAAUUCGGAGCUGGAGAAGUCUAUGCUCCUUCCUGAGUUAGCAACCAAAAGCACACAGAGUGACCCUCAGUCCUCCCUCCAGAAUGGACUCAGGACACCGGCCAGUAGUUACCAGUACUCGGUUUCCAACGGGGAUGUCUGGAAAAUGCACACAGCUCCAGACUGUAAUACAAGUCAAGCACUGCCCUACAGCAGCCCUGGUGUCCCCGACUCUCAGCAAAUCUGGUGUGGCUACAAGGAUCGCAGUCAUCAAACACUUUCUGAACUGAAGCGGCAGCGGGCUGCAGCUAAGCUGCUUAACCACCCCUUCCUCAGCACCCACUUUGGCACCAGUGUGAGUGGGGUGGUUGAGAAUGGGGGCGAGGCCAAGGAGCACCUGAUUGAUUCCAGGACUUCUCCCUACAGCUCCAAUGGGACAUCGGUUUAUUACACAGCGUCCAGUGGCGAUCCCCCUCUCUUGAAAUUCAAAGCUCCCAUGGAUGAAAUGGAGGAGAAAGUGCAUGGGUGCUGCAGGAUUUCCUAGUGUCAUCCAUGUCUCGCCUCAGAGGAGACUAAAAGUGGGUGACCAGGUUAGCUUUAUUAUUGUGGAUGGGCUGUUUCCAUCCCCACAUGGGGAGAACUCAGUUUAGUUACAUAGGACCUGAUGGUGCCAGCCUCAUUCAUCUUGAAUAGUACCUUACCCGGCCAGUAACCCCGCUGCAAUCAAAUGAGUAAGGCUGGCAGAGUGAGGCCCAUAGUGGAGAAAUGAAGUACACGUCCUCACGUGCAGUAAAAAAAAGCUACCCCACUCUGCCUCACGGCAGUGUUAUGAAAGGGACAGUGGGGGGCUCUCCACUCUAAAUCAUGAAGGGUCUUUGAAAGACAAAACCAUCUGAAUUAGAGUCCUCCCUUUCUGAGCCUCCUGCUGGGAGCCACCCAGCUUCUGGAAUGCGACACACUGGGCCUGCCUCUCACUCGUGGAUGUGAUAGGUGUAUCCCUCGAGAAUGUGUGGUCAGACCCCUGCCUUUGUGCAAACAGCCCAGGAGUUGCAAGUGCAGACUUUGAAACUUUGGUGUAUUUCGUUUGCUUACAAAAAGGUGAAGCUGGGCACAUCCCCAGUGCGUGUACUUCGGGAAGUUGUGUGAUGCCUGCAUUGUGGCAGCCGACUGUCAAAAGCUGCAAACCAGUUUGUGUCCUACUGUAAUUGAAAGCAGGGGCUGUGCAGCGCCAUUGGGUUUGAAGCAGAACUCCUGAUGGAAAUCCAGUAGAAUAAACUCCGCCAAUAAAAUGCUGACUGACAGGGUCAGUAAUGGGAUAAGAACAAAUUACUUGUAUUACUAAGACCCUUAGAUUAGUGAAAUCCAUUCAUUUUUAACAAUCUCACCUUCCCUGUUGGUGCUGCUUUUUACUCUCUAUGCUUCACUCAGCUUAAAAACUAGAAUGGUCUCUGUUGCUUUCUGUCUCUGCUGCACUAGCAGAGUGCUAUUGUAUUUGGGUUGCCAGAACCGCAGGGCUCUGUUUAAAUUAGGAAGGAAGGGGAAAGAAAUACCUGCUUCCAGUAAAAAUGGCAUGGAAAUAUUUCCAGCCUCACUAGGUUUUGACACUCUUGUGUGUGAACCUGUGUUCUUGGGGCUAAGCUGCUCGAGCAUCUAAAUGUGUCAAUGCUAAAUCGUUGCUUUUGGUUGUUGAGCAUCACAGUAGGAUGGAAAGUUUUUUACAUUUUUUCCCAGCAUUCCAGUGUUUUUUCAGACCCUAUGCUGGGGUCACCAGCAGCAGUACGGUAGCUGCCAGCAAAAGGCUCAGAAAUAGCUAUCUUGUAUGAGAGAGAAAGUGGCUUCUUUCACUGAGCAAAAGCCAGCAUGCAGCAAUGAAGUUUGGAGUGGUCUAGUGAAGUGCGGUUGGAUAGGAAGCCGGCAGCAUGUGUUAACUGUGUGCCAGGCUGCAUUUGAGGAAUCUGUGGCUUGGUGUAACAAGGGGUGUGCGAUUGGCAGGCCAGUUUCUGCAAUUGCCCUUCAGGGAGCAAAACCCUCACCUGAAUGGUAGGAGCAAGGAGACAGCACCUAUCAGCAGAGCAUCAGCUCUAGGGAAUUGGACACGACAGUCCAGAAUAAACAGGCAAAAUCUUCACAAAAUAUUUUAAGUUGCAUCUACAAUAUAUUUGUCUGCACAAAGGGGCCAUUGCACACAGUCUGCAUCUGUGAAUGUUUGUCUUAUAGGUGCAGUGUAGGCCCCAAACUUGAAAAACACAGGAUUGUUUGGGUUCCUGAUGCCACCCUGAGCCAUCACUGGGUAGAAUCCUGCUUACAGCACUGUAUCUGUGCUCCAGCUAAGCAUCUGCCAUAGACCAUGGAACUUCCAUGCAUCUUCCUCUCUUUCCAGCUGCUAUUUGAGAGCAAUACUGUAUUCCCUUCUGGUAAGGGACUUUAAAUGUACCUUUCUCUUCUCUGACUCCUCCCCACCCAUCCUUUCAACCGUGUAUGGCUUGGAAAACAGGAGACACUGGCCUAAAGAUGAGGCAGCAUGUUAGUGAAGCCAUCCCACAACUAGAAACAUUGUUCCAUCUCUACAAGGGAGAUUAGCAGUGUGUUAGUGAGACAUGUAUGGUGUUACAAUGAACAGGGGCUUUUUGACAGUGGUGGGAUCCAGAGUUGCACUAUCCUUAUAUGAGGGAAAGGAAGCAAGAGGGAGCUCCACUAGGUACAAGCAGCAUAUCAAGUUGUCUGGAGGGCUUACACACUCCUUGCUUUGUUUACUUCAGAGUUGAAUUUGAUGUCGCACUUUUUUGCAUGGAGCCUGUGUCUGCAGUGCCAUAUCCAGUGGCAUAGGGAUUUGGGCCCAUCUCACCCUCUGCUGGAGAAGGCAGGACAUUGCACAUUACAGUAUCUGCACCCCCCAGGCAGGGGAGAUGGGCAUCUGUUACCACAAGGAAGGUGCCAGGGUGUAUUGGCAGGUGUUGGAGCUUCCUCUCAGGCUGACGCUUUAGUCUUUUGGACUCUGACACUCCACUUAUCCUUCCUUCCCAUUUUCUCCCUAAAUGAAGAGAAUUUUGGCAUAGGGGAUAGAAAGUCAGAUCAGAUUUCAGAAGGUCUGUUACAGCGAAGGCAUCUUUUCCUAAUGUAUUUAAUAACAUACCCAGUCACUCCUCCCCAUUAUCCCAGGGAUCCUGCCUGACACUCCUGCCCCAUUUUCAAAGGGCUGACCUGCUAUUCCUGUUCCAUUUCCUGAUGCCCUGCCUGCCUUGGCACUCCACUGCUGCAUUGUUUGAACUUGUAUGAUAACCUUAGAGGGUGUUUGGUUUUUUUUAUUGGGCCAUCAGGGAGCUUAGCUUCUAUUCUCCCAACUUAAAGGAGUUGAGCAGAUAAUUGAAGAGUCCCGUGCAGCUAACUCUGUUGGAGGGUGUAUGUAGGUCUGGUGGUGUCAUAUGGUUACCCAGAGUUCCAGGGAAUGGAACACAUCAAGUUUUCUGAGACAGUCUUAGCAACUGUAGCCUCGAUAUCAUGGAAUGAAGAUGUUCCCCUUUUACUAGGGAAUGUCCUUUUCCCAUUACCCCCACUGGAAUGAGAAUCGCUGGAGCAGAAUUAUCCUGGUGCUGCUGCACAUCAGUUGCAGCCGAUGCUAAGCUUUGAACAGUUGUGAGCUGUAUUCCCAGUGAUAGAUGAUAUCAGGUCAUGGCCUGUUCCUUCUCACUCACACCAGCCAUAAAUCAGAAGUGACUCCAAUGAAGUCCGAUUACACUGGUGAAAGUGAGAGGAGUAUUGGGCUUUACAUCUCAUUCCAGCCAAUAGAAAGCAGACACUUGAAUGCGAUGGAAUUAUAUAGUUUGGGGCUUGCUUUCAUUGACAGUGGUUAGUUACUACACUAAAGCAGUGUGAACCCAGCGUAAUGUAGACAAAUAGCUCUGAUGCAUCAAUAUGACAUCUCUGAUUAACAUAAUCUCCAGGAUUUCAUUAUUCCCGCUAAUGUUGUGAUGUCUAACUAAGCAACAAUGGCUUUACUAUUGGGGGUGUGGAAGAGAUGCUACAUGCUCUAGGUUGCACAAAUAUUCCCUUAAUUGGAUUGCUGUAACAUUGCAACCAUAAAAUUGGCCUUAGAGCUGCUUAAUGUGGCUGUUAUGGCUCUGGGGCUGUAAAUAUAACCUUGGUGAUAACUUGUAAUUUAUCUCCAAUUUAUCUCAGAAUGGAGAAGAGCCAGAAACUAGUGAAUGCUCCAGGAGCUGCACCAGGGCAGUGAUGAGCUUUACCUACCAUUGGUGCAUGUAGGGAUUUGGGAAUGGGAUAGUCAGUCUAGGGUCCUUUCCAUGGCUACUUAAGGAUGUGAAUCAAUUUGACAGCUUGGGAUAACAAGGGCAUAAGUGACUUGUUGGCUGGAAUGCCCAGAGGGCCAUGGGACACCAGCAGGGAUACAUGGGCAGGGCGUAGACAACUUCAACAUGUGUGUGAAGUGAUGAUAGUAAGCACUGAAUGGAUAACUCGGAGCACAAAAUGGGGUCUUAAUCCACCGGCAGGUAUUUAUUUGGUAGAUGCAAAUGCAGGUUUUCACGGAUAGGAUAGGUGCACAGGCACUUCUGUAGAUAUAUUGCAAGUGCCCUCCUUUAAGAAUAUAGUCCUUAUUCAUUUUUAAAAAGCACUAUAGCUACAACAGUGAUGCUAAAUCCUGUAAUAUCUAGCACUUGGGGGCCAUUCCAGUAGGAUGCUUUGAUUAUUUUGUGGCAUACAAUAGCUGACACUCAGCUACUUUGUUGGAGAUUUUAGUGCCACUAAAAAGUUGAGAUUAGAAACCAUCUCAGGAUUUGCAUGUCUAGCACUUAGGUUAGUAGAAAUUUUUUCUUCUCUUUUAGCGUUCUGUUCUUGGCCCAACAUUCAAACUCUGUUCCCCCUAAAGCCUACACAGCUGUCUAGCCCUGCCUCUUUGGUACAAUCCUCUCCUUCGUGCAUGUUCCCUGUAGGCAAGGGUAGCCUGGCUCUGUUAAAAUCUGAGUAUCAGUGGGGAAGCCAGUCAGACUCUAGCUUUCUUAGACAUGAGCCCAGGGUGUAAAUUUCAGAUCCACCUUUCCCCAAGCUUUUGAGGAGGUUGAAUCCAGUCAUCAUCCAGUUAUUAGUCACCACACCCUGAGAGUUGUGUAUGGGCACAACCUUACUGCAUGCAAGCCUUCAUGAUAUACUGGGCCCUAGGGCUGCUAGCAAGCUAAUGAAGAGUUGGAGGGAGCUCCAGCUGCCAUACUAAAGGACCUUCUUCAGAUGCAUAAUAGUGCCUGGGAGCAGUCUCUGCCAGCUCUUGAUCCAGCCAAGCAAUAUGCAUAGCAAUAGGCUAUAAAUUGUUAGAGAUGGGCUUGAACUAUAAAGUUAGGUUCUCGUUUCAGACCUAGAUCCAAACUUUCCCCUUCAAGAUGUUGACAUUUCUUGUCCCAUUUGAGCUCUUAGAGCAAGGCCUCAGUAUGGACCUGGAUCUGAAUUUCUUCCACAGUUUUGAGCCUAGUGUUCUAGCUUGGGCUCUGAUGAGAUGUUACACAGGGCAGAGCCUCCCCUGUGUUAGGGAAGGAAGGGGAUGAUGGUCACAGGGAGAGUUCAGGUAAAUAGCAAGAAUGAGACAGGGCAGUACCCAAUGGGUAUGAUGAAUUCUGUUAAUGCAAAGUGGCUUUUCGCUGAUAAGUUUGUAGGUAGAUGUGAGCGUUUAUAAUCCCCUAAAUUGCAUUGAGCCUCAUUCUUAGCACGCUUCACCUUGAUGUUGGGCAUCUGUUCCCGCAGCCUUCUGUGUUGAAACAUAUACUGAAAUAGGAAUACUCCACCGGGGGAAGCCCUAGAACUAUUCUUUAAAAGAUCUCAGUGGCUUAAUUGGGGUCAGCCUGCCUCGAGGUGUUCUCCCUGUCUAUGGGUAUAUCUAUGUAUUACCAAGCUAGCUAAAAAUAGCUAAGUGCACGUGGCUACUAGAAUGCGGCUACUCUGUACAGCUGGCUUCAACUGUUUUGACAAAAUGGCUUUUCAAAGGAAAAUCUUUUUUUUUUCAAAUGUUCACUUCCUAUGAAAUUUUUCAAUUUGAAUUGCAGAUUUUUGUUUUGCUUCUUUUGUUCCCCCAUCUCUCUUCUCUGCUUUUCGAGUGAGAGGAGAGGGAAUCUUCCCUCCCACCCACGCACCCACCCCCAAAAUUGUAUUUGAAUUGAAAUAAAACAGAUUUGCAGCAGUCCUGUGAUACCUGGAAUAAAAGCAUAAUGAGUUCUAGUUGUGUUAGUUUGGGGCCAUGGUCGAAGUUAUACUCAGGCCUGGCAUACAGCUGAGUUUCAGCUCUGGCUCCUGUCCACUGGCCAUGACUUGAUUCCAACAUCAAGUCCGGUGCCAGCAUUAAAAUCUUUAUUCUUUCUCUAGCUUUGAUGUCCUGGUGCAAGCAUUAUGAGCACUAAAUGUUCUUCCUAAAGUAUUAUCUUACUAGUAACUGGCUGAUUUAUAAAUGAAAACUUGUGUAAGGUGAAAACUCCAGGUUAGCUUUGUUCUUCUCGGGUCAUAAGGGUACACAAUGAGAUCCAAGUCCUUGUGUAUUUUAGCAGAUGGUGUUGGCACAUCACAUUCUCUCCACAAAAAAUGUUUCAUUGUUGUACAGUAAGUGCCCAAACACAAUGGCAGUAUUGCGAGCUGCAGUCCAUUACUACAGGACACUGUAAUUUUUCUAAGGCUGUAAAAUGGGGUUUGGAGUUACUGAGCAGUUUCCAGGCCUGAUCCUGCUGUCUUCAUGCAGGUAAAGCUGCCAGUGUGUAGUUGCCUACACGGGAAGAGUAUGCUUGGAUUCUUUAUGGGUGCAUCUGCUACUGCAAACUUACAGCUUCUAAUUCUCCUCUGUUGCAGUUCUAUUGGUGGUAGCAAUGAUGGAAGGUCUAGAAAGAAGAGUCAGGCAUUUAAGUUAGCUGGUGUUCAAUCCCAUGCCUGAGCCCAGUCUAUACUCCAGCCUCCACCUGAGCCAGUGGAGAACAGGUUUUCAAAUAGCCAGUGUGGAUACACCCUUAGUUGAGCCUUAUCUGACUUCUCAGCAUCUAGACUGCAAUGUUGUCGUUUUUUCCAGGAGAAGGAAGCAGUAAACCAACUUCAGUGGCAUUUGUAGGCCUGGUACAGCUAGGUUCGGCUGCUGCAUAUCCAGGACAUAUCAAAAGGAUGCCCAGCCGUCUGCAAUAAUUCAUGACUCCAUUGAGCUGUAGUAAAUGAUGUACAAAUAAAACUUGACAAAAUGUAUUUUAUGUGAAAAAAUAAUGUAAGAGAACUGUAUAUUGUAUUAGCAGCUUUGUGUAUAAAAAUGGCAUUUUGGCAAUCAGAGUAAUAUAUUUAAAACUUUUUAAAAAAGGAUAUUUGAUAUUGUAUGGAAUUAACUUCAUAUUGCUACUGUAAGUAUGAAAAGAUGGUUUCUUAACAUGUUGAAGCAAUGCAUUAAAUAUCAAACUGUACGUAAAUCUCAUGCCAACAGGAUAAGUAUGACAGUAUUAGCAUCUGACUUCUCAGUGUCUUUAAUAGAAUGAUUGAAUUUUUUAAUUUAAAAAAAUAUAUUAAAUUUCUUUUGAUAAUACCA